AUGGACGCACGAGAUUCCACAUCGAACCGAGACGUCUCAUCGAGCGGCGGCGGCGGCACCUCCACCGGCGGUGGAGGAGGAGAAGACGACCCUAUCCUUUCCGUCACAGCCGCGCUUGCCAAAGACGCUUGGUUACACUUCAACUCUCGCCGGUUCAAUGAGUGCCUUGAGGUUUUGUAUCAGCUAAAGCAGAAAAAAGAAGACGAUCCAAAGGUACUUCAUAAUAUUGCGAUUGCGGAGUAUUGUCGAGAUGGUUAUCCAGAUCCAAAGAAGCUGCUCGAAGUACUUAAUAAUAUUGAGAGUUCAUAUCUGAGGCAAACUUGGAGUUGUGGGUAUUGGAUUGUGUUAUAUGAUUUGGUCUUCUAUCCUGCUAGGAAAAGUGAAGAGCUUGCUCACGCUUCAGGAGAGCAGGUGGAGACUGUUAGCAAUCUUGGGAACAAAGUUGUUUCAGGGUCUAAAGGAAGUGGUGCAACGACACAACAAGCAUCUGCCACAAACAGUACAUCUGUCGUUUACAUGGAUGAAUUUGACCCUGCUGUAGCAAGGCUAAACAUUGCAAUUAUUUGGUAUCAUCUUCAUGAAUAUUCAAAGGCGUUAUCAGUUCUAGAACCGCUGUAUCACAAUAUCGAACCUAUAGAGGAGAGAACUGCUCUUCAUGUUUGCCUCUUGCUGCUAGAUGUUGCGCUUGCCUGCCAGGAUGCAUCUAAAUCUGCUGUGAUACUGUUCACGAUUAAGUUAAGCCUCCUGGGCAUGGGCUCAGGUGGUAGAAAGGAUGUAUUACUAUAUCUAGAAAAAGCUUUUGGCUUUGGUUGUGUGGGUCAAGGUGAUAACGGGAACACCGCACAACAGCAAUCUGCUAAUCCAGUUGCAAAAUCUUUGCCUGUUCCUAGCAGUUCAUUGGGGAUGGAUGCUAAUUCAGAUUUAGCUGCUAGUGAGAAUACUUUGGAAAAUUCUUUGUCAAGAACUCUAUCCUUAUCAGACGAGACACUUGAGUAUGAAUCGAUGUUCUCACUAGACAUAAGUGGACAAAACUUAGCAAGGCCUGCGGGUCUUUCACCUUCAACUGAUCUUUCAAGGGCCCCGAUUGACAGGUCUUUUUCUCCAUCUGAAAUGAAGCUCAAGUUGCACCUUUACAAGGUUCAAUUUUUACUUCUCACUAGGAAUUUGAAACAAGCAAAGCGUGAAGUCAAGCUUGCUAUCAACAUUGCACGUUUGAGAGACUCACCCAUGGCUCUCCUCCUGAAAUCUCAGCUUGAAUUUGCUCGUGGUAACUACCGUAAGGCUAUCAAGCUGUUAAUGGCAUCAAGUAAUCGGACAGAGAUGGGGAUUUCGAGCAUGUUCAACAACCUUGGGUGCAUCUACUAUCAGCUUGGGAAAUACCAUACAGCAUCUGUGCUCUUUUCCAAGGCACUGACUAAUAGUUCGUCUCUUCGGAAGGACAAGCCACGGAAGCUGUUAACUUUCUCACAGGACAAAUCUCUCCUCAUUGUAUAUAACUGUGGAGUACAGCACUUGGCCUGUGGGAAACCCUUACUGGCUGCUCGCUGUUUCGAAAAAGCAAGUUUGGUUUUCUACAACCAGCCUUUAUUGUGGCUUCGGCUUGCUGAAUGCUGCCUGAUGGCUUUGGAGAAGGGACUUCUAAAAGCUGGUCAGGUUCUAUCAGAAAAGUCAGACGUUAUAGUUCAUGUUUUUGGCAAGGGAAAAUGGAGGCAUCUUGCAAUUGAAAAUGGGAUUUCAAGAAACGGGUAUGUGGAUUCUGUUGAAAAGGAAGAUAUGUUUUUGGGUAGUGAUGGCCAACCGAAGCUCUCUAUGUCCCUUGCUCGGCAGUGUCUCCUCAAUGCUCUGCAUUUGCUGGAUUACUCCGAAUUAAAUCACUUGAAAGCUGGUUUCCCUUCUAAUUUAUCCUUGGAUGAAAAUGAAAUGAACGAAGCAGGAUCUAUGAAGAGUCCAAACCACAAGAAUUUAACUGGCCUUGAUUCCAAAGCAUCAUCUAUAGGCCUAGGUCAGGUUAAUGCAAAUGGAGAUGCAAAAGAACAGAAGGGAGGGACAAGUCAGGAAAUCAUGCAGAACUCUAUCUCUUUCUAUGAAGAUAUUUGCAGGAGAGAAAAUCAGAUGAUCAAGCAAGCACUUCUCGCUAACUUAGCAUAUGUAGAGUUGGAAUUGGAAAAUCCCGAGAAGGCCUUGUCAACUGCAAGGUCUCUCUUGGAACUUCCAGUAUGUUCGAGGAUUUAUAUUUUUCUGGGUCAUUUGUAUGCAGCUGAGGCCCUCUGCCUGCUGAACAAGCCCAAGGAGGCUGCUGAGCAUUUGUCGAUUUAUUUGUCUGGAGGAAAUAAUGUGGAGUUGCCCUUCAGCCAGGAAGACUUUGAGCAAUGGCGAGUGGAAAAAGCUUUUGAUUAUGAAGAGUUGAAUGGAGGAUCAGUCGGUAUGAAGAAUUCUUCCCUUGAGGAAUCACUAGGUAUUGUGUUCCUCAAUCCAGCAGAGGCACAUGGAACCCUGUACGCCAAUCUUGCAGUCAUGUGUGCAGUACAGGGUGAUCUUGAGCGGGCCCACCAUUUCGUGACACAAGCAUUAUCCCUUGUACCUAAUCGUCCGGAAGCCACUCUGACAGCCGUUUAUAUUGAUCUUCUGCUCGGUAACUCACAAGCAGCGAUUGCCAAGUUAAAACAAUGUAGUCGGGUCAGGUUCCUCGCAAGUGGUGUACAAUUGAACAAGUGUUGA